AUGGCGGGGGCGGAGGCGGGCGCGGCCGUGGGAGCGGCCGUGGGAGCGGUCACGGAGGCCCAGGCGGUGCAGGUGCAGAGAGCCACCGAGCUCAUCGACCGGCGCCUGGCGCAGCAGGAGGAGAGAGAGAAGCGCCGAGGCAUCUCCGACAUGAAGUCGGGGCCCGUGCAGAUGGACAUGCUGGUUCUGGAGGACGAGAAGCACCAUGGCGCUCAGAAUCAGGCGCUGCAGAAGGUCAAGGGUCAGGAGCGGGUGCGGAAGACAUCUCUGGACCUGCGGCGGGAGAUCAUCGACGUGGGCGGGAUCCAGAACCUCAUCGAGCUGCGCAAGAAACGCAAGCAGAAGAAGAGAGAGGCGCUGCUCGCCCCGCCCGAGCCCCCGCCAGAGCCCCAGGAGAUUACCGGCCCAGUAGAGCCGGAAGCUUAUCUGAAAGCUGCCGUGGAGGGGAAGAUGAAUGUGGUCGAGAAGUUCCUGGCUGACGGAGGCUCUGCGGACACUUGUGAUGAAUUUCGUCGGACAGCCCUUCACCGGGCCUCCCUGGAGGGCCACGUGGACAUCUUGGAGAAGCUGCUGGACAGCGGGGCCUCCGUGGAUUUCCAGGACCGGCUGGAUUGCACGGCCGUGCACUGGGCCUGCCGCGGGGGCAGCCUGGAGGUGGUGAAGCUGCUGCAGAGCCGAGGGGCUGACCUCAACCUCAGGGACAAGCUCCUGAGCACACCUUUACACGUGGCGACUCGAACCGGGCAGGUGGAAAUCGUGGAGCAUUUGCUGUCCACCGGAGUGGACAUCAACGCCAGAGACAGGGAAGGUGACGGGGCUCUGCAUGACGCCGUGAGGCUCAACCGCUACAAAAUCAUCAAAAUGCUGCUCUUGUACGGGGCUGACAUGAUGGCCAAGAACUUGGAGGGAAAGACCCCAACGGACCUGGUACAGCUGUGGCAGGCCGACACCCGCAACGCGCUGGAGAGCCCCAAGCUGGAGCACCGGCAACGGCGGGAACACAACGGCCUGGACGACCCGGCCGAGGGCCGGCCAGAGACCCCUCAGCCCACCCCCACCCAGUAGCGUAGGCGGGCCGAGGGCUGACUGCGGCCGCUUCACACCGGCCCGGUCCUCAGGCCUAAUCUGGCCUGUGAAGCCCCGGGCACAAUGCCGAGGAAAUGCUCAGAGAGUGAAGCAGACCCUGGCUCUAACCAACUGGGAGUUCCUCUUUGAAGGAGAGGGACAGGGACAGGGACACACACACACACACACACGAGUGCAAAGGCAGCCGGCUAAAUCUACCACUUCCGAGACCGAAUGCUAAUAAAAGGGAUAGUUGACCAGGAGGCGAUGGUCCUGCCUUCUCCCA